AUAGGAGGGGUUUACGGAAAGGUCUGUUUUAUUCGCUCUCACGCCGUUUGUAUUCGUUCAUCGGCGACUAUCAUCUCGGAACGACUGCACAUGCAUAUAAGUUCACAGAAGAAGUCCAUUUGAAUGCCGGCGGAGAGUCCCAGGAGACAGAAGAACCUUCUGAUCUGUAGCUGUCGGCUGAGAACAUGAGGAAGAGCCGGAGUGUUUUGGCAGUGACACCUAUUGAUGACAGCAAGGACCUCUCAGGAUCUACAUCUUCAGGCGCUACAUUGGGCGUGGAUCUCUGGCGAGGCCCCCGACGGCACUCAGGAACCCUUGUGUUGCCGCCGCUGUCAUGGAGACAGACAGAGAGGGCCCGCAGUCCUCAAGAAUAUCACGUUUCCAGACCUACGUCACUGGGCUUCAUUACUCCACCACGUAUAGAUAUCACACCAGUUCCCCCUGAUAGUUUGGAGGUGGAGAAUGGACCCUCUAUCGGCUGCAGUCCAUUGGACCUACAAGUGUCACCGGGCUCUGGUAUGGUCCUGCAUCCCAACAUGGCCAGUCACGGGCAACGGCGAGAGUCUUUCCUUUACCGCUCAGACAGUGACUAUGACCUCUCGCCCAAAUCCACCUCUCGCAACUCCUCCCUUGUUGGAGAACAGUUACAUGGGGAAGAUCUGAUAGUCACUCCUUUUGCUCAGGUGCUUGCAAGUCUUCGCACUGUUAGGAAUAAUGUCAGCUUCCUGACAAAUGUGCCGUGUCCCUCCAGCAAAAGAUCACCAGUCAGCAGUCAACCACCAAUGACCAAAGGCAACCUGUUAGAUGAGUCCUACCAGAAGCUGGCUGUGGAGACCAUGGAGGAGCUAGACUGGUGCCUGGACCAGCUGGAGACCAUCCAGACGUACCGCUCCGUCAGUGACAUGGCCUCCAACAAGUUCAAAAGGAUGUUGAAUCGGGAACUGACACAUCUGUCUGAGAUGAGUCGCUCUGGAAACCAGGUGUCCGAGUUCAUCUCCAACACAUUCUUAGAUAAACAGAACGAGCUGGAGAUCCCUUCGCCCACUUCGAAAUCGCGGGAGAGGAAGAGGAGGCAGCAGCAGCUCAUGAAUCAGAUCAGCGGGGUGAGGAAGGUGACGCAUGGCUCUGGUCUACCCAGCAGCAGCAGUACGGCCAGGUUCGGCGUAAAAACAGAUUUGGAGGACUUGCUCUCUAAGGACCUGGAGAACAUCAACAAGUGGGGUCUGAACAUCUUCAAUGUUUCAGAGCACUCUCACCACCGGCCUCUGACCUGCAUCAUGUAUGGCAUUCUUCAGGAGAGAGAUUUAAUGAAGACAUUCAAGAUCCCAGUGGACACCUUUGUGACGUACAUGAUGACCCUCGAAGACCACUACCACGCAGACGUGGCCUAUCACAACAGUCUCCACGCGGCUGAUGUGGCCCAGUCCACACACAUCCUGCUGUCCACGCCCGCACUGGAGGCAGUCUUUACAGACCUGGAGAUCCUGGCCGCUAUCUUUGCAGCAGCCAUCCAUGACGUGGACCACCCAGGGGUUUCAAACCAGUUCCUAAUUAAUACCAACUCCGAGCUGGCGCUCAUGUACAAUGAUGAGUCUGUUCUCGAGAACCAUCACCUAGCGGUUGGUUUCAAGCUCUUGCAAGGGGAAAACUGUGAUAUCUUCCAAAACCUCUCCAAGAAACAGCGACAGUCUCUCAGGAAAAUGGUCAUUGACGUGGUACUAGCGACAGACAUGUCCAAGCACAUGAGCUUACUGGCUGACUUGAAGACAAUGGUCGAGACCAAGAAGGUGACGAGUUCAGGAGUGUUGUUGCUCGACAACUAUACGGACAGGAUACAGGUCUUAAGAAAUAUGGUUCACUGUGCCGAUCUCAGCAAUCCCACCAAGCCAUUGGAUCUGUACCGGCAAUGGACGGACCGCAUUAUGGAAGAGUUUUUCCACCAGGGUGACCGAGAGAGAGAGCGAGGCAUGGAGAUCAGCCCGAUGUGUGACAAACACACCGCUUCAGUGGAGAAGUCUCAGGUUGGUUUCAUUGACUACAUCGUGCACCCGCUAUGGGAGACUUGGGCGGACCUGGUGCAUCCAGAUGCGCAGGAUAUCUUGGACACUUUAGAAGAGAACAGGAACUGGUACCACAGCAUGAUACCACAGAGUCCCUCCCCUCCCUUUUUCGAAACGGGAACUGACGGUGGAGAUAAGUUUCAGUUCGAGUUGGAGGACGAGGAAGGAGCCAAGCAGGAUACAGAGAACCUCUUCGAGACAGACAGUGUUGAGACUGUGACGCGUUCUCCUUCAUCUGCCGAGACGUAGCACCUCACUACAUGUUGGCCGUAUUUGAUGACAGAGUAAAGUGGAGGAAGGUUAUUCUCCCGCUAUCUGAGAAUCCCACUGAGGACCACUGUGUCUUGGGACUCUGCUGUUGUUACAGAGCCUAUAAUGGGGAGCGAGCGAACAUCCUACACAAUAUAGUUUUCACAGAAUUUGCAAGAAUCCAGUCAAG